AUGAGUGGUAUACCAGAGGGUAAUCCUACAAACGGAGCAAAAAUAUUUAAACAAAGAUGUGCCCAGUGUCACACACUUGAAGAGGGUGGCAAACACAAGACUGGACCCAAUCUUUUUGGUCUAUUUGGACGUAAAACAGGACAAAUGCCUGGAUUUAGUUACACUCAAGCCAACAAGAGCAAAGGUAUUACGUGGGGAGAGGAUACAUUAUUUAUAUAUUUAGAAGCACCAAAGAAAUAUAUUCCUGGCACUAAAAUGGUUUUCGCAGGUCUCAAGAAAGCCAACGAGAGAGCAGAUCUUAUAGCUUACUUAAAGGAAGCAACUAAAUAG